UUUUGUACAGAGAAAUUCAUGUUUAGUGAAGCUCCUCCCACAAACCCUGCAAAAUGAAACACACUGAAGAUACUGAAGAACAAAGAGAGUUGAUUGAAGAAAACAGGGAGAUUGAAGAGCUGAGUAAAGUUGAGGAGAAAAAUCAUAUUCACAUGAGAGUUCAUACAGGAGAGAAGCCGUUCACUUGUGAUCAAUGUGGAAAGAGUUUCUCACACUCAGCAAACCUUAAGGAUCACAUGAACAUCCACACUGGAGAGAAACUGCAUGCAUGUGAUCAAUGCAGAAAUUUUUUUUUGUGGCCUUCAGACCUGAAGAAACACCUGAGAGUUCAUACAAAUGAGAAACCACAUUCAUGUUAUUUGUGUGGAAAGAGUUUUUCAUGUCUGCAAAAUUUGAAAGAACAUCAGAAAAUACAUACUGGUGUGAGAGACUACAUGUGCUUUGAAUGUGAAAAGACUUUUAUUUCAGUGAACUGUUUAAAACAGCACCAGAGGAUUCAUACUGGAGAGAAACCAUACAAGUGUACACACUGUGACAAGAGAUUCAGUCAGUCAGGACAUCUGAAAACACACCAGAGGAUUCAUACUGGAGAGAAACCUUAUGAGUGUUCACAAUGUGACAAGAGAUUCAGUCACUCGGGACAUCUGAAAACACAUGAGAGGAUCCACACUGGAGAGAAACCUUAUAAAUGUUCACAAUGUGACAAGAGAUUCAGUCACUCGGGACAUCUGAAAACACACCAGAGGAUUCAUACUGGAGAGAAACCUUUUAAGUGCUCACACUGUGACAAGAGAUUUAGUCAGACUGGAGACCUGAAAACACAUGAGAGGAUCCACACUGGAGAGAAACCGUACACAUGUGAUCAGUGCGGGAAAAGUUUCACACAAAAAGGAAACCUUAUGGAGCAUAUGAGAGUUCAUACUGGAGAGAAGUCGUUCACUUGUGAUCAAUGUGGGAAGAGUUUCACAAAAUCAUCAAGCCUUAAGGUACACAUGAACAUUCACACUGAAGAGAAGCUGUACACAUGUGAUCAAUGUGACAAAACAUUUUUGAGGGCUUCAGACCUGAAGAAACACUUGAAAGUUCAUACAAAGGAGAAGCCACAUUCAUGUAAUUUGUGUGGAAAGAGUUUUUUGUGUCUUCAAAAUUUGAAAGAACAUCAGAAAAUACAUACUGGUGUGAAAGAGUACAUGUGCUUUGAGUGUGAAAAGACUUUUAUAUCAGCAAAUUGUUUAAAACUGCAUGAGAGGAUUCACUCUGGAGAGAAACCUUAUUUGUGUUCACACUGUGACAAGAGAUUCAGUCAGUCAACACAUCUGAAAAUACAUGAGAGGAUCCACACUGGAGAGAAACCGUACAAGUGUUCACACUGUGACAAGAGAUUCAGUCAGUCAACACAUCUGAAAAUACAUGAGAGGAUCCACACUGGAGAGAAACCGUACAAGUGUUCACACUGUGACAAGGGAUUCAGUCGGUCAGGAAUCCUGAAAAAACAUGAGAGGAUCCACACUGGAGAGAGACUUUAUAAGUGUUCACACUGUGACAAGAGAUUCAAUGAUUCAGGACACCUGAAAAGACACCAGAGGAUCCACACUGGAGAGAAACCGUAUCACUGCACUGCAUGUGGGAAGCGUUUCAAACAUUCAUCUGCUUUACACAAUCAUACAAAAAACAAUCAUAGUAAGUAGAUCAUCUUCAGAUCAGCACUUUCAGGUCUGAUGCUGCGUCCUCACACAAAUGAGACAAGCCGGAAGCGGCGCGCCUCACGCGGGCAGGGCUUAUAUGCUUCGAGAGCGGACACUGCACUAGUGAUACAAAACACACAGGUCUGUUAAGAGCAAUACUUUUAAU